AUGCUCCAGCAGGUUAACAGCCACAGUCUGGACUCUGAUAGCCAAAUUGGGGAACCCAUUGGAGGAAACCUACAGGAUUUUCUGGAUGGGGAGACCCUUUUACACGAACUGGAUGACCUCACCAAGGUGAAUCCUGUGACUCUGGAGACAGUUCUGAGGUGCUUGCAGGCUCGGUACACAACAGACACCUUCUACACCAAUGCUGGCUGCACCCUGGUGGCUCUGAACCCCUUCAAGCCCUUCCCUCAGCUCUACUCAGCUGAGGUGAUGAGAGAGUAUCACACUGCAGCUCAGCCUCAGAAACUGAAGCCCCACGUCUUCACUGUGGGUGAACAGACCUACAGGAAUGUCAAGAGCCUGAUGGAGCCAAUUAACCAGUCUAUUGUUGUCAGUGGAGAGAGUGGUGCUGGAAAGACAUGGACCUCUCGCUGCCUAAUGAAGUUCUAUGCUGUGGUGGCCUCCUCACCUACAUCCUGGGAGAACCACAAGGUUGCAGAGAGGAUCGAACAGCGGAUCCUGAACUCCAAUCCUGUCAUGGAAGCCUUUGGGAACGCGUGCACACUGAGGAAUAACAACAGCAGUCGCUUUGGGAAGUUCAUCCAGCUCCAGCUGAACAGGGCCCAACAGAUGACCGGAGCCGCAGUCCAGACCUACCUACUGGAGAAAACUCGAGUGUCCUGCCAGGCCUCCAGUGAGAGGAACUUUCACAUCUUCUACCAGAUCUGCAAAGGAGCCAGCGAGGAAGAGCGGCUGCAGUGGCAUCUCCCCAAGGGGGUCACCUUUACCUGGCUGCCCAACCCAGAGAAGGCUUUGGAAGAGGAUUCCUUUGAGAUCACCAGAGAGGCUAUGCUCCAUUUGGGCAUCGACACCCCUACCCAGAGCAACAUCUUUAAGGUCCUCGCUGGCCUGCUGCACCUCGGCAACACACAGUUUGCUGACUCAGAGGAUGAGGCCCAGCCCUGCCAGCUCAUGGACGGUGCCAAAUGCUCUGUCAGGACAUCGGCCUCACUGCUGCAGCUCUCAGAGGAUAUGCUGCUGGAGACACUGCGGAUCAGAACCAUCCGGGCAGGCAGGCAGCUGCAGCAGGUGUUCCGGAAGCCUUGUUCCCGCGCCGAGUGUGACACCCGAAGAGACUGUCUGGCCAAACUGGUCUACGCAAGGCUGUUUGACUGGCUGGUAUCGGUGAUCAACAGCAGCAUCUGUGCAGACCCUGAUGUGUGGACCACUUUCAUAGGCCUUCUGGAUGUGUACGGGUUUGAGUCAUUUCCCAGCAACAGUCUGGAGCAGUUGUGUAUCAACUACGCCAAUGAGAAGUUACAGCAGCACUUUGUGGCUCACUACCUCAGGGCUCAGCAGGAAGAAUAUGCAAUUGAGGGCCUAGAGUGGUCAUUUGUCAACUACCAGGACAACCAGCGCUGUUUGGAUCUCAUCGAGGGGACCCCCAUCAGCAUCUGCUCCCUCAUAAAUGAGGAGUGCCGCCUUAACCGACCAAGCAGUGCAGCCCAGCUCCAGACACGCAUCGAGAGUGCCCUGGCCGAGAGCCCUUACCUUGGCCAGAACAAGCUCAGCCGGGAGCCCAGCUUCAUUGUGGUGCACUACGCAGGGCCUGUAUGCUACCUCACUGCCGGCCUGGUGGAGAAGAACAAGGAUCCUGUACCUCCUGAGCUGACCACACUCUUGCAGCAAUCCCAGGACCCCCUGCUCAAGGUGCUGUUUCCUACCAAUCUGAAGGAGGAAUCUCAGGAGGAGCCCUCUGGCCAGAGCAGGGCUCCCAAGUUGACAGUGGUAUCCAAGUUCAAGGCCUCCCUAGAGGAACUCCUACAAGUCCUGCACAGAACCACACCCCACUACAUUCGCUGCAUCAAGCCAAACAGCCAGGGCCAAGCACAGACCUUCAUCCAAGAAGAGGUUCUGAGCCAGCUGGAGGCCUGUGGCCUUGUGGAGACCAUACACAUCAGUGCUGCUGGCUACCCCAUUCGGGUCUCUCACCGGAAUUUUGUGGAACGAUAUAAAUUGCUGAGAUGGCUCCAUCCUGACACAUCCCCUGCCCAAAGGCAUUCAGAAAGGCUUCCCAGUGCUGAGGAGGCCACACUGCAGCCUGUCCUCCAGGACAUUCUCCACAUUCUACCAGCUCUAACCAAGGCAGCAGCCACACUCAGUUACCACACUGAGGCCACACCAGCCCAGGUGCUCUGUGGCAGGACCAAGGUGUUCAUGACUGACUCCACGCUGGAGCUUCUGGAACUUGGACGUACCCAGGUGCUAGAGCAGUGUGCCCGCUGCAUCCAGGCUGGCUGGAGGCACUACCUGCACUGCAAGCAGGAGAGGCAGAGGCGGGCCGCCGUGCUCAUCCAAGCAGCCAUUCGUUCCUGGUUAACUCGGAAACACAUCCAGAGGCUCCACACAGCUGCCACCAUCAUCAAGCGUGCAUGGCAGAAGUGGAGAAUCAGAAUGGCUUCUCUUGCUUCUAAAGAACUGGAUGGUGCAGAGGAAAAAUGCUUGUCUCCACCUCCCCAUUCCGUGAGCUCCUUCCCGCUGCCUCUCCUGGAAGCCAGGUUCCUGAGUGCAGUAGUCCGCCUCUGGCCCCUGGGACUGGUCCUGGCCAAUGCAGCCAUGGGUGUGCAUGGCUUUCAGAGGAAACUAGUGGUCUGGGCCUGCCUUCAGCUUCCCCUGAGUAGGCCCAGCAACAAUGCUGUCCAGAUUGCACAACACGAGCAGGCUGGUGUCACUUCCAUACGAGCACUGCCUCAGGGUUCGAUAAAGUUUCACUGCAGAAAGUCUCCCCUGCGCCAUGCUGACAUCUGCCCUGAAACUUCGCCCUACCAUGUUACUGGCUUUAAUCAGAUUCUGCUGGAAAAGCACAGGCUGAUCCAAGUGUGA